GAUGCACACAGCAAAGAUGGCGGGCAGCUACCGCUUGUUUACACCAGAAACAUGGAAAAACUGGGACAAAUCUGGGAAAGCAGAAGUGGUUCAGAUGAUCAAACAUUUUCUCAAAGAUGAUCCAGAUAAUCCAGGGUUAUCUAAACCUAAUCAAGUGAAAGACCUUUCACGUGCUUUAUAUGAACUUCUUUCGGCUAUCUUGAAGGGUCAUCUUCGAAGAGACUUUGCACGGCCCCUUCUUACUGAUAUGAUUAAUUGGCAUCCUGACAUUGCCUCCCAACUAGUGGAAGUGUCAACAUUGCUAGACCUGGAGACCUCCACAAUUGAUCGUCUCAAUAAAAAUCGUGACCAGUUCAUAGCACUGCUGAAAUCCCUGGAUGCAGACAAACUGAUGAAAGAAAGAUUAGAAAUUGAAACUUUAGGAGAAGCAGGCAUUGUUAAGAAUAAAAAGAAUUUUCACACAAAGCAGAUUAAAGUGAAGACCAAAUUAUUUUACAAACAACAAAAGUUUAAUCUAUUACGAGAAGAGACUGAAGGCUACGCCAAGCUUAUAACUGAGCUCAAUCAGGACAUAACAGACAGAGUCACCCCAAGCUCCAUCAUACAAGUUAUACGUAGCCUUAUUGGUGGUUUCAAUUUGGAUCCAAAUAGAGUGCUGGAUCUUAUUUUGGAAUCGUUAGAAUGCCGUCCAGAGCAGCACCAAUUCUAUACCAAAUUGUUGAACCAAUAUCCCUGUGAGUCAGCUACCAUUAGUGAACUUCUUGGAUUCAAGCUCAACAACUACUUAAACAGUGGAAAAGAUACGAAGGGAAUCUAUACAACAAUGGCCCUACUUAUACAGGCUGAUAUUCUUAAAAUUUCAGAUAUAUAUAUAUGGCUAACUCCUGAGGACUCGUCCAUGAUUGAGGACUACCAGAAAGAGGAAAAUGAUGCAAAAGAAAUAGCUUCCAAAGUCAAUGUUGUUUCCACCAAAGACAAAGAUAAAGAGAAAGACAAGGAAAAAGAAAGAGAAGAGGAAGAAAAAGAGAAAGAUGAUCAAAGAAAUCAUGAAAAAUAUAACUCAAACCAAAAAAUUCAGUUGUGUGUUGCUCUGUUAAAGGUUGGUGCCUGGGAACACUUCAUGGAAAUUUCCAAGCGCUUUCCAGAUUUUUACCUCGUGUCGAGUCCUCCUAUUGGCCAAGCACUUUGCCAGUUGAUACAUGCUACAAUUGAACCUAUUUACAGAAAGGUGUGUACUCUACCUAGCCGGUUGAAAGGGACUGUGGUUGAAUUGCUCAAUAACCCACUGGCUCCUCGUCCUUCAUAUAACUUUAAUGAUGUUUGUACAACAAUAUUUCCAAUGCUGAGUGCUUUGGGGCCACACUUGUACAUUGACCCUGGACUGAUGUACAAGGUUCUUAGAGUUGCACGGGUGGCACUGAAACAGGUGAAGGUUGGUGCUGAUGGAGUUCGUAACAAUUUCUAUUACGAGUUCUUGGAUGUCUUGGAUGAAGCUCUCUUACCGUCUCUAUCCAUGCUUGAUGCUAAUCCAUGUCUUGCAGAAGAGAUCUGGGACACCAUCAAGAUAUACCCAUACCAGCACAGAUACAAGCUUUAUGGCCGGUGGAAAAAUGAGACGUGUAACCAGCAUCCCAUGCUUAUAAAGUAUCGUGCUAGACUUCUAAAGAAAGCAAAAUUUAUCAUGAUGCGUAUCACGAAAGAAACCAUUAAACCUGUGAGUCGGGGAAUUGGGAAACUUACUCACAACAACCCUGGUCCAGUGUUUCAUUAUAUUUUGAUACAGGUUCAGCUCUAUGAUAAUCUCAUUGGUCCUGUUGUGGAUAGCUUCAAGUACCUGACAUCUCUCUCGUAUGAUGUUCUUGGAUACUGCAUUGUUGAAAUCCUCUCAGAAAAUAAGGACAGAAUAGCCAAUGAUGCAAUGGCCAUCUCUCCUUGGCUACAGUCUCUUUCAAGUUUCUGUGGAACCGUGUACAAGAAGUAUAUCAUAGAUUUAGGAGGAAUUCUUCAGUUUGUUGCCAAUCAGUUGAAGGCUGAAAAAUCAAUUGACCUGCUUAUCUUGCGAGAAAUUGUCCAGAAAAUGGGUGGUACAGAUACCCUUGAAGAUUUAACGUCAGAACAGCUUGAUGCUAUGUGUGGAGGUGAAUUGCUUCGUCGGGAGGCUGGCCAGUAUCAGCAGGAAAGAAACACAAAGAGGUCUUCCAUACGUCUCAAAGAAGCUCUCUUAGAGAAUAACUUAGCAAUUCCUCUGCUGUUACUUAUGGCUCAACAGCGUUCAUCUGUUGUUUAUAAUCAAACUGAGUCUCCUCAUCUUAAGUUGGUUGGAAAGCUUUAUGACCAGUGCCAAGAUACAAUGGUGCAAUUUGGUUCCUAUCUCUUUCAAGUGGUGACUAUUGAAGAGCUUAAUGAUCGCCUGCCAAGCAUUGGUACCCUUCUGUCUGAUUGCCACAUUAAUGCAGAUGUUGCAUUUUUCCUUGCACGUCCACUUUUUAUACAUAUGCUUAAUUCAAAAUAUGAUGAACUAAGACGGCAGGACAAGGGUGAGAAGAAGUUGACACUGGAACAGAAGAAGCUGCGUUAUAUAGAAGCAUGCAAUGAAGUGUUUGUGCCCAUUGUUUCCAGCAUUAGACCCCACUUCAGCAUUAAAGUGUGGGAGGACAUGGACCCAUCAUUCUUCCUGACUUUCUGGACACUUACGAUGUCCGACCUGGAAGUGCCUCUGCAUAUGUAUGAUAAGGAAAUUAAGAAAAUUGAUCCAAAUCCCUCAGGAAAUAAGCGAAAGAAGGAAACAGAUCGUUUGCUUGCAUUGAAAGAAAAACUUCAAGAGGAGGAAAAGCGCCAGAAGGAACAUGUGGAGCGUGUUCAUGCUAGACUACAACAGGAAAAGGACCGAUGGUUCAUGUUACGUGCUGCACGCUCUCCAAAGAAUGACACAGUGACUGCUUUCCUUCAGCUGUGUCUCUUCCCACGAUGCACCUUCACUGCUCUUGAUGCUAUAUACUGCGCUAAGUUUGUCAAGAUGUUACAUAACCUUAAAACACCAAAUUUUUCUACACUCAUAUGCUAUGAUCGGAUGUACUGUGAUAUAACAUACACUGUUGCCUCCUGCACGGAACAAGAAGCUCAUAGGUAUGCAAGAUUCCUUCUGGGCACUUUGGAAACUGUUAUGCACUGGCAUGCAUCACAAACUAAUUAUGAGAAAGAGUGCGCAAACUACCCUGGAUUUGUCACUAAAUACCGUGUAUCACGGCAAGAAGCAAAUGAUUAUGUAGACUACGAGAAUUACCGCCAUGUUGUUCACAAGUGGCACUAUAAAAUAACAAAGGCUUUGGUAACAUGUCUUGAAAGUGGUGACUACAUUCAGAUUCGCAAUGCAAUCCUUAUUCUUCAAGGAAUCAUUCAGCGUUUUCCUGCUAUUAGCAACCUUGCUGCAGUCAUUGAGAAGAGAAUAGAAAAGGUUAAACUGGCAGAACGUAAUCAUCGAAAUGAUCUUUAUGUUCUGGCCAACAGCUACUCGGGCAGAUUAAAAGCCAUCAAACCCAAUAUCAUGCCUGAAACGGAAUUCCACAUAGUACCUAAACGUCCUCAGGAAGCUAAGGUUGUUAAUGGAACGCAAGAAAACACCAGUGCACCAUCAGGUGGUGAAUCAAAACCUACAGCAGAGAUGACAGAAAGUAAGAUCGUGAAGAUGAUAGUAUCUGACUCUACUAAUGGAGAUGUGGAUGCUAAGGAUGAGAAAGAGGAUAAGGAUAUCAAGAAGGCAGAAAUAACCAGUAAAUCUUCCAAAGAUAAAAAAGAGAAUUUGGAAAAGAAACCUAUUGAUGAUAAUGAAAUUAAAAAGGAGGAUAAAGAGAAAAAGGAGAAAGACAGGGAUAGAGAUAAGAAGGAGGACAGAGAAGAGAAAUCAAAGAGAAGGUCCAAGGAGCCUAAGAGGUCAAAGUACGAGGAUGAGGACUAUGGGGAAUCUGAACGAGAUGAGCGACCUUCAGGAGGCACAACAGAGCGGGAACGGGAGAGCAGCGUCACAUCCAACACAUCAUCAACCUCAACCAAGAUGGAACCACCUGAGGCUUCUCCAAGAGGGUCAAAGCGACGCAAGACUGAACAUAGCUCCAAGUGUGGUAGAGUGCCAAUACUACAAAGAUGUCAUGCAGUUGGUCUGCUAGCAACUGCUGCAACAGUCGUCGAGCCAUCCGGUUCUUUAAGCCGUAAUAAAGAAGAGGGAUCACGGAGGGAACACAAGCACAAGGAACGAUCAAAGUCACAAGAGCCAGACUCAGACGUGUCUACCAAAGAAACCAAAAAGGAGAAGAAAGAAAGAAAGAGGGAGCGCUCCUCAGAUGAAGCAGCAGAUGGAGAGUUGAAACGGAAAAAAAAUGAUGAGAGAUCGAAGUCUAAUGGCCGGUCAGAUGAUGAUCACAAGCAUAGACACCAGCAGCAUCGGGCUGAUAGUGAGGAGUAUCAUGAUCGAUAUGUGAAUGAGAGUCGUGGAAAAGACCAUAGAGAUUAUGAUUACGAGCGUGAAUAUGAACGAGAUUAUGAAAAGCACCCAUCAAGUAGACAUAAGCGUAAGAAUUAAUUUAACUAGCUGUAAAGCUAAACGACACAGAUUGUUGUUGCUGGAUAUGCUGCAGUUAUUCUAUGUUUCCCAUAUCAUUUAUGUACUUACAGGUACAGUGUAUGUAUAAAAAAAUACAAUCCAUUUAAUUUAUUGUGGCCUUGAUUAAAGCAUCUCAUUAAAAGAUAUUAAAUGAAGGAUUUAUUAGUAUUUUUUCCUGAUAUCAAAUUUUUAAGUAAGAUGAUCUUAUGUAUUUUGUAGAUGUUUAGCUUUCAGUCUAUAAGGUCACUCUUUGAAUUAAUUUUGAUCAUGCAGUAUUUAAUUCAGUUCUAGUGAUACUCUUGCUUUGAAUCUGCAUAGUUCAGUUUGAGAAAGUGUAUAAUUGGUGAGUAGAAGUAUCAAACACACAGACAUUCACAUAGUAGUAUACUGUCAUAUAUUGUACAUAUAAAUAGCAUUUUGUUUCUAUCAAAAGUACAUGUUUUGUUAAGGUACAUUAUUGGUAAAUAUUAUGAUAUAAUUAAUUUUGGUACAGAAUUUAAAGUAAAGUACUGUAUUGUUUAGACAAAGUUUGUAUUGGUCCAAAUUUGUGCAUGUCUGGUGAGAUGUAUGUGGUCAAACAGUUUAUAUUGUACAUAUAUAUUUCAUACUUUUCAGUUUUAUACUAGAAUCCAAAAACAAAAACAAAAGAAAAAUAGGAUUUAUUUAAUAGUAUGUGAGCAGCAUCAGGGACUCUCCUUUUGUUAUUCUGGAAUGUCAGGACAAUAAGUCCCUCUACAUUUUGUGUGAGUAUGUGGAUUAAAAGCAGUUUGAAAUCAAUAUGUGUUACUGAAAAGAAUAUCCAAGGUACAUGCAACAUAAAUGGUAUGCUGAAAGUUUGUAUAGAAGUUUUCAUGUACAGCAUGUAUGAGCAUGUUCACCUGACUUGCACAAGAUCUACAUUCAACGUAUAAAUACACCACAUGUAUGUGGGUCUUAAAUCCAUGUGAAGUACCUCUGCAACUAUUUAGUGUAUAUACAGGAGGUGGAGGGGCCCCAAGUUACACUUUUACAAUCACCAAGUUAAAGUGCAAACGUGUGAAACGUAACCAUCCUUUCUACAUUAUUUUCUAUACGAAGAUUUCUAAUUGAGGUUGAAAAAUCGGGAAUGCAACCUAUUUGUAAGUUGGGGUAACUCACUUGCUGUGUGUGCAUGCAUGUAUGUGUGUGUGCAUUCUGGAAGUGCAGGUGUUUGAUUAUGUGUAUGGAUGUGCAUUUCAUGUAUAUCCUGCAUAUAGCAAUUCAUUGCACAUAAAUCCUGUGUAAGUUUUGCAUCAUGCAGUUUACAUGUGGUUAUGUAUAAUCUGCAUACAGUGUAGAAAUUUAUCAUACAAACACCUCAUGUAUAGGUAUUCAAUCUGCAUCCCAUGUGGGUGUGUAUAAUUCACACAGUAUGCACCUGCCUGCCUCACAUACCAUGUGUGAUCAGUACAUGUACUGUGGAUGUUCAUUCCUUAUACACCAUGAGUGUGGAUGUUUAUUCUUUAUACACUAUGUGCAGUGAAUGUUCAUUGUAAAUACACUAAGUACUUGGAUGUUAGUGUUUGCUCACAUACACUGUGUUUGAGGGGAAAGUUAAAAUACUUUGUAUGUGGAUGUUUAGCUCGCAUAAACCACAUGUAAUUGUUCCCUCAGCAUUCACCUUGUGUAUUAGUUUAUGAUCAACAUAAUUUAUGUAUGAGUGUAAUCUGCAUACAAUAAGUGAGGAUGUUUUCAUAUACGUAUAUUGUGUACAUGAAUGUUACCAGCAGCACAGCAUGCUUGCAAAGAGAGAGUUUGUAUGUGUACGUUUUUAUUCCACAUUCAAUUUUAUGCACAUCAUGUGUAUUAUCUGUAUUCAUUGUGCAUAUGUCAUUUACAUAUACAGUGUGUGAGGGAGUUAUGUUUUCUAUAUGCACUAUGUAUGGAUGUUUAGUUCAUAUAAAUCUUAUGCAGAAGUGUCUAGCCCACAUACAUACACAUACAUGUGAAAAUGUUCAACUUAAAAGAAAUUUAAGUUGGCUGUAGUUAUACAUUGAGAGUAAACUUAUCAUGUAGGUUAAUUCCUAUUACCAUCAGUAACAUAGGUCAUAGUUUUAUAUUGUGGUACAAAUUAUUGUAAAUAUUUGUAAUUCAUGUUUUUGGACAUUUUCUUAUCUGGUGAUUUAGUUGUUUUACAUAAAGGGAAUAAUUUUGAAUUGUGCGUUUAAUUCACAGUUUUGAAAUACCAUGCAAGAAUACUGUAAGGUGGCUGAUUACAUACUGUACUUGCAUUCUUGUUUUAUAAUAAACACAAUUAAUAAGUUCUCAGAGAUAUAUAGAAAAUACUGUACAAAAAUUUUCAUUUUUUUUUUUUUUUUUUUUUUAUAAAAUGAUGAAGUAAAAUGUAUUUUUUUUUUUUUUUUUUUUUUUUUUUUUUUUUUUUUUUAAGGUUAUAAUUUUUAGGUAGCGAAUUGUAGUUUUCAGACUGACUGUAAUCAGCCAUCACUGUUAGUGCAGAAUUUUGUUCAUUACUUUUAAAUUACUUGGUACUUAAUUACUUAAGAAAUAUUACUUGAUGAUUGCCCUUUUAUUGACACAUUAUUUUCAGUCUUGUCUAUCAAACUCAGUGGCUCAGUAACACAUGUGCUAGAAUUGCAUUGAAAUAAGAAUUUUUUAAAUUUAUGAGAAUUUAGAAGAGAAAUGUCUCCCAAAUCAGCAAUAUAUUUUUAUUUGAACAUAUAUUUUAUACUAAAGUACAACAGAUAGGUCCCAAGGUUUUAAUUUCCAUUAUUCCAUUUUCUUUUAAUUUAUAUACAAGUUAAGCAGUGCACAUAUGAUAUUUUAUACAGCCUGUUUGCAAUAUAUAAUCUGUAAGAUAAAAUGUGAUUAAAAGGAUUUUUUUUAUUUUA